CGUGCAGCACGUGGAAAAGACGGAGCAAGCCGAAAUCAGUUUUUGAUGUUUGUUCUCCAGGCCAUUCUGCAGUGACAGCUUGGGCAGCUAGCUACCGACAAGUGAGACGCCUCAUGAGAGAUGCUGUAGAGUGAGGGUAGAACUGAGUAGCUGCACUCUCCCGUGAAUACGUCAACGUAGGCAACACCACAUAACCUAGGUAGGACUUGUUGGUGCUUGGAGCAUGUCGCGGAAGGCUGGCUUGGCAGUCAGCAAAUAAUUCUUGUACUCUUGCAACGAUUGAGUGGGAUUUGAAGCGGCCCUCCUCCUCGACACGGUCAGCAUUGCAUUCGAAGAGAAGUUCGCUAAAAGUUCUAGUCGCCGUUCGAUGUUUUCCUCCUGGGAAAGCCCUGAAAAACGUCCGGGAUCCUCCAUCGGCUCUCCAUCUUUUCGGAAAAUUCCGCUUCCACACUGGGCCUAUAUAUACUCGUCCUUCAGUUAAAGAGCUAGGUAUCUCUGGUGAACAACCUUGGCCCAACGGAACGAUAUCUUUUUUACAGUUAUUUCCCAUCCAAAAGAGGGCAGCCAUGACGUCCUGGCGAACAAUGUGCGGCGCCUUUGCCUUGCUUCUUGCACUCCUCUUUGCUGGUGUGAACUCACAAGGACAGGCGUGUGGAACAGACACGUGUAAGAAUGGCGGUCGGUGUCGGCAGGAUGGUUGCGCAUGCGAACCCUUCUUUACUGGCCGAACCUGCGAGGAACUUGUCGUUGAAGAUCAUGUGGACUACUUGGCUGAGAAAAGAAUCAGGGAAUUAGAGAGAGGAUGGCAGAACGGAGUGGAAAACGGUACAAUAGUGAGGAUCGACAAAGCCAUUUCAAGGGCCGAACAGCAAGGAGCUAUGCGGCUGACCAUGGAAAUAAACGAGGUCGUCGACAGGUUGAAUAAGAAGGUGGCCAGGGCCGGGAAACCCAUGGUGUACGACCAGCUGUCCUGCGAUACCCUGCAUCUGUCUCACCCCACUCUCAAGUCGGGUUAUUACUGGUUGCGGGGCGAAACUGCUGCCGCUAUACAGGUGUAUUGCGAGAUGGAGAGGUUCAACGGCGGCUGGAACCGCGUGGCCAACAUCGACCCGGCAGGACAGGGCUACUGUCCACCGCGCAUGCAGCUGCGCUCAGAAGGCGACGUGAAACUGUGCGUGUUCAAGGAAGAUAGACCAAAUAUAUUCCCAGUCAACGCGGACUACAAGUAUGUGAUGGGAUACGUGACCGGAUUUGCUUCCGGCCGGCCAGAAGCAUUUGUCAACAACCCCACUCCACCAUGCAAAGGGGAUGGCAUCAUGAUUGGACAGUCACCAGUGGCCAAUAGUCACGUGUUCACGUAUGCCGUAGGUGCAACACGCACCAGCGGUUCCAGCUCUCGCUGCCCGUGCCAUGGCGGCGCAAGAGCGUCCAGCAUCUCCAUCAACAGCUACGUGUGCAGCGAAGCACUCGGUUCGGGCUCGGGCUAUGAUAUCAGCGAGCGUAGCCGUUUGUGGCAAGGCAGCAAUAGCUGCAACUUCACGCACACCAUUCCCCAGACCAAUGAGCCGACCUACUUCUAUCGCCCGUUUCUGCACCAAGGCAUCACAGAUUUGCCUAUCAUAAUGCGGAUAUGCCAAAGCAACUCGGGCACCCCCAAGGGUGUUGGCAUCCAGAAGGCUGAGAUUUAUGUGAAGUGAUUGAGCCCGUGAUAAUACUGGACAUUUUCACCAUAUUUUGAUCACUGUUUGCACAAUGAUUUCCAUAUCUUCAUCUGCUUAAGUACAGUUCUGUGCACCCUACUCAAGCAACAUCUUAUCGAUCUACAAAAUACAAUGCAUUUGCCACAUAAUUAUGUUCGAAGGACACUUUAAGUACUAGCACCCCCCCCCCCCCACACACACACACCCUUGCACUCCCGUUCCUUUCUCGAAACAUUUGGAAUACCCGACACUGAAGUGACCAAAGCCCUGUAUCUUCUGCUGGCAGCACACUGCAUUUUCUUUGCUUAACGUGCAUCUAAGUUUACAUUUUAAGUACUGCCUCGUAUGAUAUUGUUGUACCAGCUUCCAAAAAAGAUGUAUACAUUACAAGUGGUAUGUAAAAUUAUACAUGUAACUACUCGAGAAGAUUGUAAUGUUG